GGCUGACUGGCUGUGCAGCCUGUGCUUCCUUUCCGCUGCUCUCCUCUUGUCCCCGAUCUCGACUUCCUUCCCUUUACUCUCACCUUCACCUCCUCCUCACCCUGUUGUCUACAAGGCUUCUCUCUCGCUUGUUUACCUACUGUGGUGAAUCAUUCUUUAUAUCCAUUCUUCAGACGAAAAGGGCAAACCUCGAGCCUCAAACCCCAGCGCCCCGUCCUCGUCCAUUCACUUCUUGCGAAGCCGGAAGAAUCCACAUUCAACCUCGCCAUGGCAAUGUGACGUCCUGCCGACCCGCCCCAUAAUCCGCCUGCGAGAAUAAUAGACGCAACUCAACCACCAAAACUCAACAACAGCCCCCUUUUGUCCGCCGAUACCCGACUCGAUAUUCGACUCUACACUUAUUCAACUCUCAGUUCUACUCGAAAUAUUUGCUCGCAAGGCGAAAACUGAGCCGGAGCAUGCGAGGUGCAACCGACCGUUAACACAGCCGAUUCGCGUGAUCCGAGAGAGCGAGCGAGAGAGAAAGAACCAAAAUGCCUUCUUCACUCAAGGUUCCGGAAUCCGGCCUCAUUCUUGAGAGCUCGGCCGCCUCGGGAAACCCUGUCCCACCACAGGCUUUCUGCAUCAAUCUUUCUGACCAUGUACUCGAGGACAUGAUCAAGUGUGUACAGGGUGGUGAGGACCUCCAAUUGUCCUUGGGGAGCAGCCCGACGUUGCUCUACGGCUCCAGUUCCCACACCCUCUCUCCCAUCUCCGCGACAUUCUCACACGACCUCUUCCUCACGAAACCAUUCGAAUCAACGAAACGAGCUACACGACUACCACAAACCUCCUCACUAUGGAAGAAGCUGCCCGGCUCCGAGGCUCCCAAGAAGGGCGAGCAGGCCAAGGCCAAGGGUGCACCUUCAACCUCGUCGUCCGGGAUGGACUCAGAUAUAGAGAAUCUGCAGAACUCCAUCGCAGCGGCGACGGCAUCGAAGAAGCAAUCAAAGGUCAUGGAUAGGCCGCUGCCGGGCACCAACAAGAAGCCCACGGCAAAGGGUGCCAAGUCCAAGUUGCUGUCGAGCAUGGCGUCAUACGGCAAUGGUGGCGGCAAGUCAUCGCCCUCAGGGUCACCGGCUCUGGUAGCCGUCAGCUCACCGUCGAUAAAUCCUGUCUACGCUUCGUCGCAACAGAUCGUCGAGAAGUCCAAGGAGCAAAGAUCUAUGAUUGUACAUGAACUAGCGGUGCAGGAGCGGCCGGCCGACUACCUGGAGAGCCUAUGGGAAGGCAAAGACGAAGAUUUCAAGCCUGCCCUGGAGAAGGUGGCCCAGUUCGAGCCGGACACGCAGAUGUGGGCACUGAGAAAGAACUACUGGAGAGAGUUGGACGUGUGGAAGUACGAAUAUGAUACCCAAGAUACCCGACAGAAAGCGAUCGACAACGCAAUCCGUCAAUUCGAUAAGAUGCGGCUGGCAACUACGGAAACCGAGUGGCAGAAGCUCUUGCCGCGGGAAGAGCGAGGAAAGGGCAAGAUCCUCAGCAAGUUGCAGGCAAAUAUCGCCAAGGCUUCCGCCGCACCGCCUCCCAAGAUCAAGGUCAGCGAUGCGACAAGCGACAACGGCGAGGAAGACGUCCUCAAGAUGAAAGGCGGCGAGACAAUGUCACGAUCAUCAUCGAAUCCGUUGCCGCCGAAACCGAAGAAGGCUGCCGACUCUCAGGUUAAGCGUCUCUUGUCUACGAAUAAGAAGCCCGCGACGCCCAAGGCUGCGCCGACGAAAGCAAAGGAAAAAGCAGCCCCAGCUGGCAAGAACGGCCGGGUUCUCUCUGCAGAGUUUGUCACCAACUCAGACUCGGAUUCAGAGUCUUCAGAGGACAAGCCGAUGGCGAGCAUUGUGGCUUCCAAGCCUAGGCCAGCGCCUGCACCUGCACCUGCCCCCAAGAGAAGGAUCGAACAUGCACUCCCACCAAAGCCGAAGAUUGCUGUGCCCAAGGCAAAAGCCAGGCCAGUUGAGAAGCCUGUAGAGCGGACUGUGGAGAGAUCAAUUGAGAGGCCCAAGGAAAAGUCGCCUCAACCUCCACGAGAGACUGUCAAGGCGGCCAAACCACAGCCUCCCAAGCGACAGAGGGAAGAGGAGGCAGACGACAGCAGCUCAAGUUCUGGCGCCCCCUUGGCCAAGCGCGCUAAGCCCAAGGCGCCCAUCAAGGCGCCCGUCAGCCUCAAGCAACGGCCCGCAGAACCCUCACAUGCAUCAUCCCGCAACUCAUCUGGCGUCUCCCUCAAGAGCAAAAAUACAUCACCGGCCAAGUCGUCGCCUUUGGCUUCGUCACCGCCAACGAACGCAUCGGAUCUUGAACACUCAGCACCACCCAAGAAGCGCAAGGCUAUGGAAUCUUCCGACUCCAAUGAGAGCGCCCGGACCAAGCAAGCCCCUAAGCGUCAGCGCGGGCUCAGCCCCGACCUGGUCAGCAAAGCCGCGCGUUUCAAGGUGUUCUAUGAAAAGUAUGAGGCUCUGCACUGGGAGAUUGCAGACAUGCGCAACCCACCCGAGGACAAGAUGGCGGAUCUCCUCGACAUGCGCCAGCGGCUGAAAACUCUCAAGAUUGAGAUUUACAAGGAAUGCCCGCCCCCAAACAGCGUCCCCAGCAGCGCCCCCAUCGCGGUCGCUUAGGGAGGGACCAAGAAGGACAAUUGCAAACUGCUUGAACGGCCGCUUGCCAAGAGCAACGUAUCGACGAAGAAGACGGCGAAAGAAGCCCCAGCCAAAAAGGCGAAGGCGCAGAAACGUGUUUUGGGAUUUCUUUGGAAAAAGCGAUAAUUUUUCGGGACAUCUCAAGAGAGUCCUCGACUGGACGGCCACUUGAAAGCAUCAGCAACAGCGAAAUGAUUUUCUCACCUUUUUUCUUUUCUUUUCACUUGGGCUGGGAUUGCAUCACAGGGGACGGAACGGGCAUCGGCGACCAGCAUAUAGGAUUGCAUGGACUCUGGAAAAAAAAAACCCCAGCCAACUGGUAAACCGUGGAUGCGGGCCAGGAAUAUUUCCUUUUGGAGAUAGUCACUUUCUUGUCUUCUUCAUUUUGAUUGAUACCAGGUGGUAGUCAGCUACACGAAACAGAACAGUAUCCAAAUGAAAGUCAUCUGAAC